AGUAUAUCCACGGAUAUCGGACUAUUUGGUGGUAUUUUUGAACUUUCAUCCCAACUCCAAAAAAAAAAAUUUGUGCACUCUCAGUGUAUUUUAUUUUUUUGAAAAAUUUUACACUUAUAUACAACAGUGUUUUAAGGUGCAAGUGUCUUGUGCUUACCCAACAAUUGCCCCAUUGCGUAAACAUUUGCGUUUAACAUCGGUGGCUGCACAGUGAAAAGACACCAUAUUCACUUGGUUUCGAAAAGAUCGCGAAGACGGUGAGAUUUUCAAGUGAAUGGUGAAAAUUUCGCUUUUCCGCGAGUGAUUGUGCACUUUUCCGCGUGAAAUUCCAAACAUUUUCCCUCCAAAGAAAACAUUUGGGAUUAUUUAUCAAGGAUCUCCAUCAUCUCGAUCGACAUUUCAGUUAAAAUGGAUUAUAUUCAAAUUUGAGAGAGAAACUCUUGUGGUGGAGUGAUCAUCUCCUCAAUCGACAUGUCCAGUCAAAGAGGUACUGAGACUGGGACUUUUGGCAGAUUGUUCACAAAAUUAAGAAUCAUCAUCCCUCAGACAAAGACCACUCACAAGUGAAUCACUGAAGAGGCAUCCUAAAAUCAACUGCAACAUGGUGCUCAAUAUCUUGAUAGCUUCAUCUGUGAUCAACACGACAUUUGGUGUGAUAACAACUAGUCUGUGGGUGAUUCCCUUUCUCCUAGCCGCAAUCUCAUUUUAUCGCUACGAUCGCGUCGAUCCCGAAUCCCGACCCUUCGAUCGACGCGUUAUAUUGCCCGAAUAUGACUUCAUUGUCAUUGGUGCUGGGUCGGCGGGUGCUGUUGUAGCCAAUAGACUGACCGAGGUGCCAGACUGGAAUGUACUCCUCCUGGAAGCUGGACCGGAUGAAAAUGAGAUCUCCGAUACACCCUCCCUUGCCGCUUACCUCCAACUCAGUAAACUCGACUGGCGCUACAAAACACGCUCAUCUAACACCUCCUGUCUUGGAAUGGUCAACAAUCGUUGCAACUGGCCACGUGGGAAAGUCCUAGGCGGAUCAAGUGUCCUCAACUACAUGCUCUACGUUCGUGGAAACAAAAAUGACUACAAUUACUGGGAAUCUCUGGGAAAUCCUGGAUGGAACUACGAAAACGUUCUGCACUACUUUAAGAAAUCCGAAGACAACAGAAACCCCUAUUUAGCCCAAACCACUAGGUACCAUCGAACUGGUGGGUACCUAACAGUUCAAGAAUCACCGUGGCAUUCACCCCUUGUUGCAGCGUUUGUAGAAGCUGGAACAGAACUAGGAUACCCCAAUAGAGACAUAAAUGGAGCAGAUCAGAGGGGUUUUAUGAUAGCUCAGGGUACCAUACGACGAGGUAGUAGAUGUAGCACUGCAAAGGCUUUCCUAAGACCCAUCCGACUUAGGAAAAACUUUCAUUUGAGCAUGAAUUCCCACGUAACAAAAAUUCUGAUAGAUCCAAAUACCAAAAGAACUUAUGGGGUUGAAUUUGUCAAGAAUGGAAAGCGUUAUCAAAUUAACGCUAAGAGAGAAGUUAUCUUGUCAGCUGGCGCCAUAAAUACACCCCAAGUGCUAAUGCUUUCCGGUAUAGGACCAAGAGAACAUUUAGCUGAGAAGGGUAUUGAACUCUUACAUGACCUUCCAGUUGGGGACAAUCUUCAAGAUCAUGUUGGAAUGGCUGGAUUGACAUUUUUAGUUGAUAAGCCAGUAACCCUAAUUCCAACAAGAAUGAAUGCUGGAUCUCUGGUAUUGCACUAUGUACUCAAUGAACGGGGACCAAUGACGAGUUUAGGAGGUGUUGAAGGUCUUGCAUUUAUAAACACACCAUUAGCUAAUAAGUCUGCCAAUUGGCCUGAUAUUCAGUUCCACAUGGCACCGGCCUCUAUCAAUUCCGACGGUGGAGAUCAAGUAAAAAAAAUUCUAGGCCUCAAAGAGAGUCUCUAUCGAGAAGUUUAUCAUCCAAUUGCUCGAGAGGAUGCUUGGACAAUUAUACCACUUCUACUUCGACCUCGAUCUAGAGGAUGGGUUCGUCUCUAUUCUAGAAAUCCCUUUCAAGCUCCAAUAAUGGAGCCAAACUACUUCAAUGAUCCUCACGACAUCAAGACCCUGGUUGAGGGAGCAAAAAUAGCCAGAAAAGUCGCUGAUGCCAAAGUCUUCAAGCAAUUUGGGUCGAGAAUCUAUCGAAAACCUUUACCCAAUUGUAAACACUUAAAAUUCUGGUCAGAUGAAUACAUUGAGUGUCACAUAAGAACGAUCUCCAUGACGAUCUAUCAUCCAGUGGGAACAGCAAAAAUGGGUCCGGCCUGGGACAAAGAGGCCGUUGUUGAUCCACGUUUGCGAGUUUAUGGUGUUUCUGGACUAAGGGUCAUUGACGCCAGUAUUAUGCCAACAAUUACAAGUGGGAAUACAAAUGCUCCGGUAAUAAUGAUCGGAGAAAAGGGAGCUGAUCUUGUGAAAGAAGAUUGGUUAGGUGAAGAUUUUGUUGUUAGUCCACUCAGAGAUCAUUGAGCGAUGUACAGACAAAAAAGUCACCUCAUUUUCACACAUCUUUUGUGAGUACGGGAGUCAAGACGAAAAAAAAAGCCAAGAUCCACGUGCUUAAAUGAAGCAGUACUGAGUGUGAUUAAAAAAAAACAGUCAUCUUAAGAUAUUCUGUACAUAAAUUAAAAAGUAACUGAAUUCAAGUGAUUCGCAUGAUUGAACUCAAGUGCGUGCCAUUUCCCAGAAUCAAAAUAAAUUACACUAAAAGCAGAAGAAUAAAAAUGUAAACAAUGGUGUGCAAAAUUGAGUGUAACAGAGUUCUUAAUCUUGUAAAUUGUAUAUAAUUUUUGUAAAUAGUUCUAGAUGAGAGACAAGAUCGCUAUGCUAUAUAAAAAGUAGAAUUGCUAGUUAAUUAAAAUUUAUUAUGUAAAUUUUUAGUAUAUCGUGUACAGAAGACAAUAUGUAAUUAUUUGAAAGCACUGAGAUUCUCAUUGCAUCUAAUCAAUGCUAUUAAAGACCAAGCAUGGAAAAACUUCAACAGAAUAUCCUCAAUUAUAAUCUCAUGACAUUUAAUGAGACAUUAGCUUAAGAACAAAAAAUAAAUAAAAUUGAGGGAAAAAAUAUAUUUUCAUCACUGCGAAGAAAAUUGUCUAUCCUUAAAACUACAGGGUGUUUUACCAUAAUUAUUGGGAAAGAAACUAAAUUCAAACAGCAUUCAUUGAGAAUUUUCUGAAUUUCAUUCAGCAUUUUUUGAGAAUGGAAAUUGCAGGUUUAUUUUUUGUAAAUUUGUUGCUUUCUUUUUCAUUAAAAAAAAUAUAUUUAAAAUAAAAUCGACUUUAGAAAAUAUCAACCUAAAAAGAGGGUCGGCGAAAAGCCAAAAUCAAUAUCUGAAACUAUUUUGCUUGUAAACACAGAAAACAUUAACAGAAAAUAGACGGUAAACAAAUCUGACUAUUAUUUCUUGUAAACUUCAAAUUUUCAGAAUUUUAUCAAAAUAUAAGAUACGGAGCGAGAAGUUGAUAAUGUAUAAUAACAAAUUGAUGAAUUAUACUGUAUUUCUCUCACGUUAAUUAAUAAUACAAUUCAAAACAAAAUUGCUAAUUCUUUUCGAGGAAUACAUUUUACAAAUGAUAACUAAAAUGGGGUAGAAAUUGUUUGAUUUAGCUAAGAAUUGUUGAAUGGAAAAUCCCAAUGAUUCAAAAUGAUAAUUUUCACCUCUAUCGUCACUAUCAUGGAAUAAUUUUCUCAAUGAUCUACGUCAAAUUGAGCCAAUCACCAUAUGAAAUAGUUAUGGUGAUUUAAUCCCACGACAAAAGAUAAUUUCAUAGAAUGAUUUUUCCACUAAGAUCUUGCAUAAUGCAAGAAUUAUUAAUUGGUUGCUUUUUAUUUGUUCUUCUCAUCUCUCUCAUACUUUUAUUCUCGUUCCUCUUUUUUUUUGUUCGCUGAGUGGCUUGUUGAGUCUCGAUGACCCUUAAGCGAGCAAACACCUCAAUUAUUUAUUAUAGCAUGAGAUGCAACCUUCAAUAUUUUGGUCGAUGGACGUAUGCAACGAUGUUGUCCAAAGAAUUUCACAUUAUCGGCGGACUUCCUCAAAAAAGAAUCCUCUAUAUAAGCUAUAUACGGUGCUUUUUGCUCAUUUCACCGUAUCUCUAUAAUUCAUCGGAAGUUGUAUGAUUCAACAUAUGAAGAUGUUGAGUGCAAAACUAUGAGCGUGAUUGCAUCAAUUAAAUGAUUUAUGCACAGUUGAAUCAUUUAUAAAAUUGGAUUGUCCUUAAACUCAUGUAAUGCGUAAGUAAGAAGGCUGUAUGUUAAAGAAGACACAGAAGUAAUUUUUCUGCAUUAAACAUAAAACCAUUAACACAGGAAUUCAACAUACUUAUAAAACAGUGAUAAAUCUAAUGUUUAAAAAAAAAAGAAGUGAAAUAUUGAGUCGUUGGAUGUAAAGGCCAAUCUCAAAGUUCAUUGAAUUCAUUAAAAUAUUUUGGAUUUUAUAUUCUACAAAAUGUUUAAAUAAAUUAUUUCUUUAUUUGAUAACAAUAACGGGUGGUGUUUUAUAAAGGUCCCUUAUUACUUUACAUUUACAGCCUGUCGUUAAGUACCUACCUCAACAUAAGGUAAUUCCCACAUUAAAACUCAACAUUUUAAUACUCAAUAAAACUAUAAUCUAUCCAAUUAAUUUCAAGUAUGAAAUACUUUGCUGCAUUUUUAUAUGAAAGUAAAGCAAUGACCUAGAAAAUAGGCCUAAUGGGAUAAUUAAACUUUGACUAUAUGUUCCUCUCGUUCCUCUCUUUCAAUGUGUUGCUUCAAAUUUUCAAAAAAAAAGGAAAAAAAAA